CCGCAUAUAAAGAUGAAAAUUCGAUCGGUGUUUUUAUUUUUAUUCGUGGUAAUUUUUGCUCUAAUGUUGUGUUCAACUGAAGGAACUGUCGAUCAUUUGAAGUUUUUCCCAAAGAGAUAUUCAAAUUAUUUAGGGUGUUUUUUCGAUGUGACUCCUUGUGAUAGACUCGAUUCUGUGUUGAAAAAUGCAUUAGUGCCUUAUUUUGACAAUGACUUAACUGAGUAUGGUGUAGUGAUGAAAGUAUUUAUAAAAACACAGUUUUCUCAUCUAAAAAAAUACUAUCCCAAAGAGUGGACUGUCAUCAAAGCAAUGUACAGCGCCGAUAAAUUAGAAAAUAUUAAAAAGCCGCGUCUUCAUAAACCUAAGAAGUUAUUUUUUAAAUCAAUGGAUCGUGAUUAUAAAAAUCAUGCUUAUGAACGAAUGGUUGCGGAUUGUUUAAUUGGUGAUAAUCAGUGUAAAAAGCUGAUUAAAGAAUUUAAAGAUACAAUGCUAAACUUCUUAGAAUUAGGUAUAUGUGUUGGAUGUAACAGACAUACAUUCGAUUGGUUCAACAGCAUUAAGAAUGUUUUAGAAGCAAACUACUCAGCCGAAGUUCAUAAAAUAAUUAUAGCAGAUUAUAAAGGAAAUUCUGAAUUAGAAACCGAAAUGGAUGAAGAGUCUAUUUCUGAAAAAGAAGAUCGAUUUUAUUCAAACAUCAGUAGCAUUGAAAUCUUGAACAAAAGAUAUCCUCACCAUGACAAUAGUUAUGAGGCAACGGCUAUCGAAUGUUUUCUUCGCGGAUCUUCUUAUUGUGAUACCAUGAUUAAAACUUUUAAAAAAAAUAUGAAAAUUUUCUUGAGGCAUGGCAGUUGUUCAAGAUUAGUUACCUGCAGAGUAUUCAAAAACGCAGUACGAAUUGCAGAAAAAAAUUACCAUGAAGCUUUAGUUUCUUUUGUUCAAAAUAAUUAA